UAAAAGUAGCUGCACACGGAAUUCAUCUUCAUUUCACAAGACUCUGCAGUGCCGAAAGAUGAUCCGCGCUCUCCACUUUUUCGCAUUUGUGGCGCUUGUUGCGGUUGUGUACAGCAAAUGUGUGUCAGACGCCGACUGCCCGGCGACGGCAUGCGCGCAUGGGGAGGUGGCUUCCUGUGAGCUACAGCACGGCACUGGUGCAGGCGCCGGAGAGAAUCAGUGUGUAUGCACCCAUCACGGCAAGAGGGCCGGUGUCCCCUGCACUACUAAGGCCGACUGUCACGGACACGUGUGUCCCGCUGGACAGCACGCUGCCUGUGUGAGCCACGGUUCAGGAGGACAAGAUGCCGAGACAUACUGCGAUUGUUUGUAAAAUACAUGAUGAAUAAAAAAUAAAUCUGU